CAGACCCAGGUAGGACUCCAGAAGCUGGGGAGGUGGGCAGGGUAUAGCUGGCAACCUCCAGGAGGACAAUGCACCCAGUUCUUCGCCAUCCCCGCUCGGUCUCUGUCUUGUCCUCCUGUGGCUUCCAGCCGCCACCGGGUGGCACCUUCCUCCAGGGAGGUUUCUCUCCUGGCAGGAGAGGCUCAGGUGACAGCAACACUAGCACCAGCGCCAGUACCAGCUGGGGGCGGGGGGGGGGGGGGGGGGGGGGAAGCAGCGGCGGUGACAGCGGUUCUCCCAGCAGCAGCACCAGUGCAGAGCGGGAGGACAACCCCAACCUGAGCGUCAGUAUAACCAAACCACUGGUUCUCACUGCCGACACUGCUGGGAUCACAGGACCCCUAGCCCCAAACGCUGACCCAGCCGCAGGUGUUGCUUUCUCCUCCACCUCAGCCACCACCCUCUCCUCCAUGCCCACCUACUCCUGCAGCAUGACAGCAGCAGAUGUCAGUGGGGGUGCUGCCAGGGGCAUCUUUAGUAGGGGUGCUGCCGGGAGCGUUGGGGGCCCCGGGAUCUGCUUGGUUGGGGUUACUUGUGGCACAGGGACUAGCAGCGGCGCCUCCUGCUGUUCGUGCUGCUGCUUCUGUAACCACAAGGCCCUGACCCCAUCAGACCACAGAGGUCAGCAUCACAGUGGGGACAGCACCCCCAGUUCGGGGUGUCCUUGGGGCUACCAGGCACUGUCCGUGGUGCUGCUUUUGGCACAGGGAGGGCUACUAGAUCUGUAUUUCAUCGCAGUCACCGACCUGUACUGGUGUUCCUGGAUUGCCACCGACCUGGUGGUGGUUGUGGGCUGGGCCAUCUUUUUCGCCAAGAACAGCCAGGGCCAUCGGGGCAGUGCUGGGAGCCACCACCAGCACCACCAUCAUGCCUCGCUGCCCCUGCACCUGCCCGCUGCUUCCAUUGGGGCUACAGCAGGGGCCAAGGCUCACGGUGGUCGUGGGGGCUCUGGAGGUCCAGGGGGUGGUUUAGGGGCGGCUGAGGUGGUGGGCGAGUUUGCCUUCGCCUACCUGGCCUGGCUCAUCUAUUCCAUCGCCUUCACGCCAAAGGUGGUGCUCAUCCUGGGCUCGUCCAUCCUGGACCUCAUUGAGCUGCAUGCACCUCUGGGCACCACAGGCUUCCGCCUUACUAUGGCGCUGUCGGUGCCUCUACUCUACAGCUUGGUGCGGGCCAUCAGCGAGGUGGGAACUCCCCUGAGCUCAACAGGCCCCUUGAUUCUGCAGCCCCAGCAGCACCGAGCCUCGGGAUGUUUCCUAGGCACUUGUCUGGAUCUGCUUGAUAGCUUCACCCUAGUGGAGCUCAUGUUGGAAGGCCACGUGGCACUUCCCACACACCUUCGCUACCUGCUCAUCAUAGUCUACUUCUUCACCCUCUCCUCGCCUGUGCUUUGGCUGUAUGAGCUCAACACUGCAGCAACUGCAGCAGCUGCAGCUUUGUCCUGGGACCAAGCUCCUGGACCUGGCAGCUGCAGCCGCCUUCUGCGCCUACUGGGAGGCUGCCUGGUGGACAUGCCCUUGCUGGCACUGCGAUGCCUCCUAGUGGUGAGCUACCAGCAGCCCCUAUCCAUUUUCAUGCUCAAGAAUCUCUUCUUCCUUGGAUGCCGUGGCCUGGAGGCCCUAGAAGGCUGUUGGGACCCUGAAAGACCAGCUUCUUCCAAUCAGGCCAGAGGGGGCUAUUGUGCUCCGCCCUCUGUCCCGCCUUCACUACCACCUCCACCACCACCUCUGGGAGGCUCCCAGCUGAGUCACUGUAUUACAGAGAACAAUGAGACAGGAGUCCAUGGCUAUGCCAACACCCUAGAUGUGGCCUCCCAGAAUUAAGGGGAAUAAGUGGGGGGUGAGGCUUGCUUUUCGGUUGAGAGACCUCAGCUCCCUUGUCCUCUAGCUUUCUCUCACCUAGAUUAUAUCAAGCUUUGUUUAGGAGAGGUGAUUUUUAUCCAGCCUGUGUGGCUCCAGUGUUUGAGCAUGAACCAGGAAGUCACGGCUCCAUCCUCCAUUAGGGCACAUGUCCAGGUUGAAGGCUCAAUGCCCAGUAGGGGGGGUGUGCAGGAGGCAGCUGAUCAAUGAUUCUCUUACAUCAUUGAUGUUUCUUCUCUCUCUCCCUCUUCCUUCCUCUCUAUUCCUCUCUAAAAUCAAUUGAUAUAUAUUUAAAGAACAGGUAACUGUUAAUAGAGUUAAGGGCUAGUGUGUUCUUUUGCACUCUUUGGGUCAAGACUGCUUGGAGUAAGACCAAUAGCUAAUGGUGAGGGAGGAGGGUCUACUCACUCUAUUCUCCCUUCUCCAUGCCUGACUCUGAUUCUCACUUCUGGAUACCUCUGCUUCUUGCUUUUGCCAUCUCCACCCUAAUUCCUAGCCAUUGUAUGAAGGAGGGAGGAAUGGAGGAAAGGAGAUGCCCAGGCACAGGGUGAUGGACCUUAGGCCUUCUGUCUUGCUUAUAACUGCCAGCUUCUUUUAGGCUUUGGUUAGUGACCAUUGUCCCAUGCCUUGAAAUUGACUCAGAAUCCACUGUCCCCUCAUGUGUUUAUUGGAUUUAUUCCAAAUGGUAGAUGCAAAGUCUAUGUCUCUAUGUACAUGUAGUAUUGGUUUCUUAUGUUCACCUUGUGGCCCGUUGCAAUCAGUAGAUCUGGGGAAGCCCAGCCCACUAUACAUAGCACCACCCUCCUUGUUCCUACCUAAACUUGUGGCAAUAAAUUCCCAGAAAGAGCUAGGCUCCUGGGAGCUGCCCAGUUUCUCUUCUUCAAGAAAGAAGCUCACCAAGGAUCUUCCUCAAUCCUAUUCCUCUCUUCUCAGCUUAUGGGAAGGAGAGUGUCAGAGGGUUCAUAUUCUAAGGACCAAACUGCACCCUUUCUUGGGUGAAUGGGCAUUUCUACCCCCAUGCUUUUGACUUUUGUUACAUCAUGCACUGAUGCUGCUUGCAAAAAUAAAUAAAUAAAUAAAUAAAUAAAUAAAUAAAUACAUAAAUACAUAAAUACAAAAUACUUAGAAGUUGCAUUCAACAUGGUCACUAGAUCCAGGUGGGAUUUUGUUGUCAAGGUUGUCACAAAGUCUGAAGUAUUAGCCAUUGGCUUGUCUGCCUCUCUCCCUAUGCAUCCAUAUCUGUUUCCCCAAGGUUUGUUGCUGGCUCAGUCAGAUCUUGGCUCAGAACAGCACACUUGGUGGGGUUCCUGGAUAGAUAUGAAGUUGGGUCUCUCAUGGGUCCACCUGCCCUCUAGAAAGUUUUGUGAAGACCAGAAAUUGUGGUGAUGACUUUUAUCUUUUGCCCUGUUAAGAGAAUCUCCAGGGAAAAUUCAAGCUUCAUGGAGUAGGAUAGGCAAACCCACCACAGCCUUUCUCUCUGGUAUUCCUCUUGUUAAAAUUGAUGAGAAGGGACAUACAGGGGUUUCCCACUAACAGUCUUAAUGUAGGCAUCACUCUUGGAAUCUGGAGGUAGGAUAAGUAUUUUUAGGAGAGUUAAGUGUGCAACAAGGCUAGGAAAUAACUCUCCUCCACCCCACAACAGGAGAGGGAUGAAAUUGUAAGAAUUUUUGUUUCACCUUCACUUUCUUAUGCUCGGGAAGUUUUGUGUGGUGUAGUAAACCCUGGACAAAGGAUCAGAAAAAUCAUGGUUGUAAUUUUGACUGUCACUUUUGCUUUCUGGGCCUCAGUUUUUUACAUGGGGUCACUUUCUCCCAACUUGUUGGGGGCUUGUUGACAGAAGACACCCAUGUGGACAGAGACACAAGGGGCUCAUGAAUUAACCAGAUAUUCUCCCAGUGGGGAACAAUGGAGAAAAAAAUGUUUAUACUCAAUACACUGUCAUGCUUUCAACCCCCUAACCCUACCAGGUCCAACAUAAACUGGUGGAAUUUUGCAGCUAAUUGUUUUUCUCCUGUCUUUUCUCCUUUCCGUAUUGACUCCUCUUCUUUCCCUUUGAAUUUCAUGUGCUCAGAGUUCUGGGGCCCAGACCCUAGGUGGGUCCCAAUAGUUGCUCCCUCUGUUUUCACAUUCUCCCUCCAGCUUUGUUGCUUCCUGCUAGCUACCCAAUCUCAGUGAAUGUGAAAGGAUUUUGCAUCUGAGCCAUGUGCCAGCUCCUGGCUGGUCCCCUACCCCACCCCCUUUUUACUGUUUGGAUCGUAUUCUCAACACUGAAUGACUGUAAAAUCUGAGUGCUUUUGAUUUUCUGGUGUGAGGCUGUGAUAGAUUCCCAUGAGCUGUCACUUCCCUAGGUACAUCAAGAAACUGAUAAAUGGGGGGAUAAGGACACAUAUGUAAUAUCUUGAUCAAUAAAAAAAAACAAAACAGAAAGUUCAAAAAAUAAAACUGAUAGCAAUUGGGCCAAUUCUGGUAGAUUUGUCUGCCCCCACAUAUCUACACCCACCCCCCACCACCAUCCAGCAAUCCUCUUCCAAAUAUUUGAUGUAAGCACCUUGUGUUCAGAGUCAGUCCCUCCCUUCCUUCUGGUAUAUUUUCCUUGAGUGCUUUUACUUACUUCCCUUACCCCAUUCACAAGGAGAAAUUUCCCAUAAAGCUUCAUUUUUCUCGCCUUCUAGGGGCAUCUGCAUUGUGGGAGUCAGAUUGGAGAUGUUCUCCAUGGUCAGAAAAACAGGAGUGCACUUUCUCCUGAGGUUGAGGGGAAGCGCAGUUCACAGCCAGGAACCCAGGUUCAGAAUUCACACUGCCUGCUUCUAACAUUUAAGCAAGUAAGCAUGUCCUCACUCUGAGCUUAUCUGUUUUAAAAAGGGGUUGGACUAGAUCCUCUAAAGUCUGGUCUAAUUUAACAGGUCCUGAGUCUGAUUUCAUGUGCUAGAGCUUGGAAGAGGGGGAAGUGGCACCUCAUUAGCAUUUAUCAUGCCCCCCUCCUUCUCUUUUUUAAAAUAAAAACAGUUUCUGUAUUGAAAAUAAAAACCUGAGGCUUA